AUGGACUCAAUACACCUGAUGCCCAACAGUCCCCUUUACGAUUGGGAUUCGCCCACCGAAGGGUCCGCCCCGGUGACGGCGUCCAGCUCGCCAGCCUCGCGACUGACAGAUAUUCAAGUCUUUGGCGGAUCACUCCCUCAAUCGCCAGAUCUCUGGGCAGACUUCAUGUUCUCCGACUCCCCCUACCACCCGACCACCGCGUGCGGCCUUCUGCCCGUCACCUCACCCUCACACGGUGCUCUGGCCGACCAGACGUUGGUCGACCAGUUGGUCUUUGGUCUGGACCCGUUGAUAGUGCCCCAAGCCGGUUUUCCCGAGAUCGAUCUCUCCGCGGGGGAGCUUAUCCCGACCAUGCCCGAGUCCAGGUUCACUCCGACGCCGAUGAUGGCGUCACUGCUACCGUUGAAUAUCGAUCAAUCGCCAGCCGUGUCGUCACCCAGAAGUGACCCGAGGGGAUCUCAACCAACUUUCUCUCGGUCGUCAAAAGUCCGGCAACGGGAGCGGUCAAGUCCCAACGCGGAAGAAUGGGCGGAUGACGGCUCCCUCUCACCUGGCUCGGAGGAAGGUCGGCUGCAGGAGAGGCGGCGCCGCAAUAAGUUGGCCUCGCGAAAGCUGCGGCAGAAACACCUGGACCACGUGUCCGAUCUGGAAUCACGGUUAGGGGCCGUGACGCAGGAGCGCGACGAGUUGCGCCUGCGAGUUGCGAAAUGGGAAGGGGAGGUGAUGGCGCUGAGGAAGUUGCUUGAGAAUCGGGCAGACGACUCCGGAUAG